AAAAAAACAUAGAAGUAUAAGAAUCAGAAUAUGCUUCGUCCAGCAAAGAUCUUUGCGUCCUUUCACCAGCUGCGGCAUUACAUACACAAUCGUGUGAGCGAGCUGGUGCAUCCAAUCGUCAAGGUCGCCCCAACCCCAAUCCAAUGGAAACCACCCUCAGGUCCACCUACAGCAGUGUCAGGAGUACCGGCUCCACACACAACCGGCACAACAAAUACAACGACGGCAACAGCAAGUAUCAAAUUAUUGCUAGCCAAUCAAGAGCACCAGAAACUACUUUUUGUGCUCCAACAGCAAUUCCCAAUCGUCAAGAUAUUCUCAGCUCCAUUCCAUCGCCCCUGUCCAGUGUCGUUUACAAGAGCCACGACCCAGCAGAACCUUGGCCUCUAUUAUCAAACUCAGUUUCGUCGAACCAUCACAUCCUUUUCUUCUGGUACUCACAGUGGCACACCCGUCACAUUCUCAUGCGGAUUUCCCCGUACAGCCACAGUCGGUUAUGCGCGAGUGCCUUUUGCGGCCCGCCAGUUCUCUACCGCCAAAUCCCCGUUAAUGGUAUUCCAGGGCCCCACCACAACAACUACAACCAACACAACUGCUCAGCAGGCCAAUACGGUGUUUAGUCAUGUAUCUUCUCGAAUCUUCUCUCCGAUCGGAUCCAAAUUAGGUCCAGCAAAAGACGAAAAUGAUCCUAAUGAUAAAGCCAAAAGUGAUUCUCAAGACAAUUCUACCUCUGGUUCUGGAUCUGUUUUCAAAAACAGCAUCAAUGGUUUGAAUGGCCGUAGUAAAUCAGUCAAGGAACAUUACCAUCAGAAGGAGCCCCUGGAGGCCUACAACCGUCUUGCUCGCCAUGAGAUAAAGGGAAUCUACGACCUUGUGUUUUCGCCUGUCCAGAAGCAUGCGGCUGGUCUUGUGCGUCGUGAAUCUGUCAGUCGGAUCCGACACUGUCCUCCUGCUCCUCAAAAGAGUUUUACGCCUUACGAUUACAUCUGCCACCAGGAUUUCACAGUCCAGUCGACAGGGCUUGCCAAACGGUUCUUACACCCCCGACAAUGUCAGAGGACAAAAGAACCUCCUGAUCCCCGGCACGUCUUCAGGGGUACCGAUCCGCCAGAUCACCACCACAAUCAACAACAACAACAACAAAAUCACCAUCGCAACAAUAAUUACAAUAACAGAAAUUAUAAUUAUUCUGUCUAUAUUUCUAUACCCCUCGAUUCUAUUCAGAUGACAGAUUGGGAAGUCGAGUCACUCUCGGUGUCCAUAAAAUCGAUUGCCUCCCUUUGCUCGCAUUAUCAACAUCUGCUUUCUCUCCUACAUCGUUUAUACCGCCACGCGGAUUUUGAGAGUCAGCUUCAAGGUUCUGAACUCAAAUUGUACUUUCCAUCCAGAGUAUUACAGAUUGAUGACAGUACGGAAUUCAAGAUAAACAGAAACAGAAACAGUACCAAUAUCAAUAGCAAUAUCAAUCCUAACUAUAGCCAUCAAAACAGUCGUCAUACUCUGGUUGACAUUGCACGGCAUUGGUUACGGUCUGUAGAUCUUGAUCCGGAAGAUAACAAUGCACGUUUUGUUGUCAAGCAGACAGACCCCCAGAAAGAAAAAGAAAAAGAAAAAGAAGAAGAAGUGUAUGACGAGACUUAUUUUCAACAACAAGAAAAAGAAUAUGAUCAUGGUGAUUAUCAUCGGUAUGAUAAAAAGGCUAUGGGACCAGAGUACUUUAGGGGUAUCCAGCAGUUUCUGGAUCAUGUAGAUGAUCUUAUUGAGACCGGACCAGCGUUUGGACCUUCGUUUGGGCAACAUUAAAACAUAAAAGAAAAGAAAAAAAAAAGAUAAAUAAAGCCAUUCAAUAU